AUGAUCUGGAUUAAAGGGCUACGAGAAUAUAAAGGCUCUAAAACUUUAUUGGGAGAGGGCAUCUCUGGAAAAGUAGAGCUCUAUGAGAAGGGGACCAAAAGAUACGUCAUUAAAACUUAUCAUGGAAAAGAACUCCACGAAACUCGCAAGGAAUAUAGGGCUCGUAUAUUGUACGAAUAUCAGUUGCUUAACUCUCUCCAACACCCGAACAUCAUUCGAGCAUUCAAAUCCGUCGUAUCGGCCAAUGGACUCCAGGUCAAGGUGUUCAUCGAAGCAGGAUCGCCAGAUCUCAGUGUUUUACUUCAAAGACAUGGAUCAUCACUCUGUAUAACGACAUUGACUGCCUUAUGGAAACAGGUAUGCGAGGGAGUUUGCUAUUUACAUGAACGAGAACUAUGUCACCGUGAUUUGAAACUAGAAAACUUAGUUAUGAAUCCAGAGUUCACGCAAAUAAAGAUUAUUGAUUUCAUGACAGCUACUAAAUGCGAGGGACCCGUCGUGGGAAUAGUCGGAUCGAGCCGCUAUAUGGCUCCCGAGAUGGCGUCAAGAAUAUCGUAUGAGGGAAAGAGUGUUGACAUGUGGUCGCUUGGCAUAAUUCUAUACCGCCUUCUUAGUCGGAAAUUUCCAUGGAGACAAGCUAUGCAUCUGGACCCGGAUUUUAAGAUAUAUGCGGAGACACGAGGAAGCGGAUCACAACUGAGUGACGUCUACGGCAAAAAGAUAGGUGGAAAAACCCACUUACCGGGCUGGUCACCUUCAUUUCCAGUGUUGAUGUCUUUCUUAUUGGAAAUCAACCCAUCAAAUCGAUCUACCAUACAACAGGUCUUUGAAGAUGAAUGGUUUGCUUCGAUUCAAUCACAUUGUUAA